AUGGCGUGGUACUCGAUCCUUCCACAGGAGCUCACUCACCUGGAGAGCUGGGCCGCUCGCGUUUUCUUCGUCCUCGGUCUAAUCACCAUCGGCCCCUGGGCGUUCCUUAUCCUUCUCGAUGCAGCUAUAUGGCUAUAUCGCAUGAUUCUCUGGGAUUUCCCCUGGAUUGGUGGACGCGCACGGGGCCAACAACGUCCUCGCGCACCGAGCUUGAAUGAACGGCCGGAUGGACAACGGAGGGCGUUCGGAUUGCGCGGGGUGGAGACCGAUACUGGUGCGAGUGAUGGUAGCCAGAGCGCAAUCGAAAAUCUUGACCCAUCAGAACUGAUUCCAAUGGACAAAACAUACAAAGACCGCCUAGCCCUCCGCAAAUCAAUCCUCAAUCAACACCACGACAUAGUAGUGGCAGUCAACGACAAACCGCAAACCCAAGAUCCACGCACUCACACCGCCGUCAGCGAACUGUACACUUUCAUCCUAGGCAAAUACCUACCAACGCGCUACCCAAGCAUGUUCAAACUAAGGAGCAGCAACUCGAACCCUCUCCUCGAAAACCUAGUAACAGGCGCAAUCCAUCCAACAACCCUAUCACAAAGCACACCAACAAUCGAAGCUCUAGAAAUUCUAACACAAACCGUCGACGAAGAGUUCCUAAUCCUAUUACCAGAACUCUCACCUGAGAGUAAUGAACAGCCAAAGUAUAUCCUACAAGCCUAUGCAGCCUGUUUCCCAUCUGGAUUCAAUACACGCGAAAAACUCGGUCUGCGACUGGCUGAUAUCCAUAAACCAGUUCCCGGGUAUAAAGAGAAGAUCGAGCGCAGUAUGGAUCGGUUCUUCGCGCGAAUUGAGGUUGGGAGGUUUGUUCGGCGGGUUAAUUGGAGUGUUACUAUUGCUACGGAUUUGUUUGCUGCUUUUGGUGGGACGCACGCUGUGGUUGGGAAGAAGGAGGCUGCUAUUGAGCCUGGGAAAUUGAAUGUCGAUGAGACCGUUCUUCGGUGUGAACGGCAAACUUUGCAUCGGAUGCCUGUGUCUGAGGCGCUUGUCUUUGCCUUUCAUACUUAUACGUAUCCGAUUAGGCAGAUUAGGGAUGAAGGUCUCGGGGAGGAUAUGGCAGUUGCAGUUGAUGGUUUGCGGAAGGGUAAUGUGCCUGAAAUGCAUAUCUAUAAGAAGGGUGAUGUGUGGGGGGAAGCAUUGAAGGAAUACUUGAGAUCUUAG